UUGAUAGUAGAAUGUCAUCAGCAAACUGGCAUUGGAAGCAACUUGACUGUAGCAAAUUCGCUAAGGAAUACUUCAAAGAGAAGCUCGUCGGUUUGAAGGUCAAUGAUGAGCUUACAAUCGAAGAACUAAAGGAAUGUGAUGGCGACGUUACACUUGGACAGCGCAAGUCAAAAUUAGUGACGAUCUACGACUUAAAGAUCGUCGUUGAAUGGUCAGUAGGAGAACAAAGAGGACGCACUCAUGUACCAGAAGUCUCACAUGAGGCUAUCGACGGAUUGGAUGAAUAUGUAUUCGAGACAACUCUCAUUAAAGGUCAAGCUGAUGGACAAUUCGACCACAUCCGCAAAGAAGUUAUUCCACAAACACUCAAACCAAUAUUUGAUCAAUUCCCAGUUGAUCUUCGAGAGAAAUAUGGCGCUCACGUCCAGAUUUCACAAUCGAACACACCAACACCAUCACCAGCACCAGAAGCAGCUCCAGCGGUUAAGAAAACUGAAAAGGUUGAAGUUCCACAACAGAAAGUAUCCCAGAAGGGUUCACUCAACACCUCAACUGUCAGACUUGAAGAACGUUAUCAGAUUUCAGCGGACGAAUUCUUCGAUGUGCUCACCAACAAGCAACGCGUACCUAUGUGGACACGUGCACCAGCUGAGAUUGAACCUAAAGUUGGCGCAAAUGUCGUUCUUUUCGGUGGUGGUGUUAAAGGUAAAGUCACAGAUGUUGUACCUGGCAAGAAGAUCACAAUGGAUUGGUCAUUAACAGGCGGAAAGUGGCCAGAAGGACAUAACGCUUCAUUGACAAUCAGCCUCAACCAAGGUGAUGACUCAACCACAGCAGAAUUCAUCUUGAAUGGUGUACCAAUCGGACUCGAAGAAGACGUGCAACCAAGUCUAGAACAGUACUACAUCAAGCCAUUGAAAUUACUUUUUGGCACAGUUCUUUAGAAACUUAAAAACAUUCCAUACAUUUCAUUAUCAAAUAAUUAGAUUAGAAUAUAAAUAAGAUUGUCC